AGAGCCCGGUGACGUCGUCAGAGGGACGGCUGGUGGGGGACGGAGUCGGUGAAGAAAAGAAAUGGCGAUGCUCGGAGGGUUCAGCGCUGCACAGCUCAAGAAAAACGCCUCCGACGGGAGCAGCGACGUGUCAGAAUUCGUCUGUCCAGUCUGUCUCGAGAUUUUCGAGAGUCCCGUCAAAACACAAUGCGGACAUACGUUCUGUCAGAGCUGUUUGCAGGAGUGUUUGCGACCACAGAAGCCUGUUUGUGCUGUAUGUCGAGCCGGGCUGGGUCACUGGAAUAAAGCUGUUGAGCUUGAGGCCCUCAUCCAAUCAUCUGUGGCGUCUUGCAAGGGAUGUGGAAUUCAGGUUGGCCUUUCUCAGAUGAGAAGCCACACCGCUGCCUGUUCAAAAUACCAGGAGUACAUUGAAGAGGGAGUGAGGACCACUGCCCAAAGCCAGCCUGCCAUCACCAGGUUAAAUACAGGUCCAGUUCCAAAUCGGUUCACCUUCACCUGCCCAUACUGCAACUGCCAGAACCUUGAUCAGGACGGCCUGGUUGAACAUUGCACUUCCCAUCAUGCUCGAGAUGCACGCCAAGUGGUGUGCCCCAUCUGUGCCUCAAUGCCUUGGGGUGACCCUAACUACAGGAGUGCUGACUUUUUUCAGCACCUGAAGAUCAGACACACCUUCUCUUAUGAUACCUUUGUUGAUUACUCUACAGAUGAGCACACAAUGAUCCAGGAGGCUCUACAGCGCUCUCUUUUGGACAACUGAAGUGUGAACAAUCCACCUGAGGAGGAAUCCAGUGAUGUGAAGUCUUGAGAAGACAGAACAACACACUGUAUCAUCAUUCAUCUAUCAUGAGGAUGGUGGUACUCUAUUACUAUGGUAAUCAGUUUCACAGGGAAAUUGGUCUUGUUGCUAUGACUCUAUAGGUUUAUUAUUCAGAAAAUAAAUCACGCAAUAUGGUAAAAAAAAAAAAAAGCAUAUUGUACUGUCUGAUUUAGGAGUGAUUCUGUGUUUCUGGUGUGAUAAUCUCUUAUCCUCCCCCCCAGUUGAGUCUGUAGACUUGAUAGUUUGUUGAAUAUCUAUUAAACUAUGUUUGUUAAAGCAGUUUGUUUAUUGAUGACAUGGUGUCAUAUAGCCAAAAACUUCCAAAGUUGUAAUUAAAUUUCCCUGUCGUCAAUACUUGAUGUUAUAAGAGGGUUUGACCACUAGGUGGCUAACUAUUGCCAGCAAACGACAAACUUCACUCAGUGAAGUGGUCAAGUAAUGUUAACAAUAAUAUAUAAUAAUCUACUCAAGAGUGACUCUGCAUGUUUUCCCUCAAAAGAGGAGAGGGCGUUUUUUGUUUAUAUUUUUGAGUUUAUCAGCAGAUGGAAGCUCUGUCUUUUUUUAAUGCUGUUUCUGCGUGAAGUAUGUGUUUGUGUGUGAGAGAGUGUGUGUGUUCAUUCUGUUUUCAGAGAUCUACUGGAAAGAAUAAAUAAUAUGAGGGUCAAACAAAGCCAGAGAGGGCUGUUUGCUUUAUUGUAAUGUUUCUCCCUUAUGUCUUUGUGCCUGCUGGUAGAUCUUGUUUCUGACUUCCAAAACUCAUAGGGCUAAUAGUUCAUCGGGUGAAACAAAAGAUGCAAGUAGGAGACCAUCCGUGUGUUAUAAUCGGUCAGUUCUGUGAUUUCUUUUAUUUUUCAUUUUGAUGAGAAUUUAUUUGCAUGUUUAUGGCCAUAGGGGGGCAGUAGAGUUCCACCGCUCUCUGGCCAUUCAUGACAGCCACGGCCCUCACCAGCCUCCUGGCUCUGUUGCAAGACAUAAUCCAACACAGAUUUCAUUCUAUAAAUGUACUUUACUCAAUGUGUUGUUCUCCAGCUUCACUUUUUAACUGGGUUUUGUUCAAAUGCACAAAAAUGUCACUGAUCUUUUGAAACUGAGGUUUUAGAGGGGUUAUUUGUUAUAGUUUUAACAGAAUAACCACAAGUUCGCUCCAGACGGUGGAUGACAUGACUUUGAGAUUUUAAAUGUAACUUACUGUAGUGUGUUUUUUUCAUUCCCAGUGUCUUGGAUGCUUCAUCACAAAAAGAAACACUCCAGUUUGUUUAGCUGGUUUUCACAUUUCUUCACAUCACUGCCAACAGUUAUGAAAGAAAAAUCCACAAUUAUUAUUUGUAUGCCUACCAAACUGACAGCAUGUGGUUAACAAGAAAAUUCUGUUUGACUUUGCUUGAUUUUUGCUGGAUGUUUUCAUUUUAAUUCUUAAAAUGUGAAUUGUCUCUUUUUUUCACAUCGGUGUAGUUUUCCACUGACUUGUUAUUGUCACGAAUCAAAUAUAUACAGUGCGUAGUGCAAAUCUUCACACACCGUUGCAUUGCAUUUGUCUUCUACCAACAGGUAAAAUAAAACCAGAUCAAGUAGCUCUAGAGCAGAACCUUAAUGCCUUUUCACGUAGUCUUUGGUGCCACUUAGCCCUAGAUGUUCCUUUUUCUCCUCAGUAAAAUGUGUAAUAAUUUUGUAUAUGUAUCUCAUGUAUAAUGACCUUUUUUUCUUUCUCAAUAUCUCUCAUUCUCCUUUGUCAGCCCUGCUGUUAGUGGGUGCUAAAUCCUGAUAAAUUAAAGCUCUUUAAUUAUUUAAACCCUG